AUGUCUAUUAACCAACUGCCCACCGAGACUCUGUUGCUAAUCUUCGGCAACCUUGUUGACGAACUCUCUCCCUUUCCAGGCGACGUUGUCAAGUUGCUAGAAUACAGUCAAGCGUCAUCGCGCGACAUGGGACAUUACGGGAAAUCUGUAGCCCUCAAAGAGCAUCUCGAUCCCGUAGACCCACAGAGUAGAAAGGACAUACUCAGCCUGGCGCGGGUCAACAGCCGCUUCUCACACAUCUGUGCCGAACUCCUCUAUAGACGUAUCGUCGUUACGGAUGAUAAGCGGUUAAUCAACUCGCGCAAGCUACAGAUUACACUGGCAUUGUCAGGAGCUGAGCUCCAGCAAAGGGUUAUUCAACUACGAAUAGACCGUGAUCGCGAUUGCGGAGUGGGGGGAAGCGUGCUACCAAAACUACCUCUACUCGACCCCUCCGGAUUGAGCCAUUUGAGGACUCUGGAGCUCUCCGGCGACGUAGGACGCUAUGAACGACUAAAUUCACGGUCCCGGGCCCACUGGUUCAGGGCCAUUCCCAAACUUCCCAGUCUCGAGCGUCUGGCCUUGAGACACAUGAACAAUGUGGUCUGCGACUUUGUAGAAUCCCAUAUGCCUGCCUUGCGGCGGAUCACGGACCUGUGUCUCUUCAACUGCCGUCUUGCCACAGGCGGCUCCUACACACAAAAGGACUUCUUCCAGUGCUUCCCGGCGCUGCGCACUCUUACUAUCGGAGACAUGUGGGUGAUAGAGCUCACGCACGACGCCCAAGCCUUUGCGCCUUUUGCGGACACUUUGGAGACGUUUACUUGGUACGAAAUAGAAUGGCAGAUGACGAUUCUCUCAACAUCGGCGUACCCUCUGCAGGCGCAUGGGCUCAGGGCGGUGAAGCACCUCAAGGUCGCGAGUCUGUUGCAGCUCAUGUGCGGCGACACCAAUGGCUGCGCGGCUAGGAAGACUGUUGAGACGAUUGAGCUUCUCAAUGGCAGUUUUGACCUGAGACAUGUGCCCCAGCUGCUGACAAAAGAUGGGAGGUGGAACGGGCUCGUUGAAUCUGCUUUGCUACCUUCUUGGCCACUCGGGAUGCAAUAUUCUACACUGAAAUUGGAGGAGUUGAUUUCAGAAGAGAUGGAGAGGCUGCUCAAGUUUCUGUUCAGGCAGUGCCGGGAUGUGUAUAAGCAGGUCGACAUAAAGCCAACCAUUUGCAAUAGAUCCAACCCACGGAUCUCAAGAUACAUCAUCGACAUGCAAUCUUCUCAAUCACACCCGAAGAGCCAGAAUACCUUGUCGAAUAAGAUGAUUCCGGCCACGUUGACUUCUCUGCCAUAUGAGCUGCUGCUCAUCAUUGCCGAAAAGAUUGUCGAGGACGACCUUUUCCCUAGUUACAAGACCGAGUGUACAUAUAAGACUUCGACCCAACAACUAGAUCGAUACUGGAGAAUUUCGCACCAGUUCGGUAACUCCUAUCCGAUCGAACAUGGAAGAAUGCCAUAUACACCAGAUAAUGGAGCGGGCCUCGUCAGUCUAGCGAAAGCCGGGAAUCAGCGGCUGUUAGGAGCUUGUUACGAGGUUCUCUACAAGAACCCUAUCUCUGGGCGAGGCUUCCUUGGCUUUUGGGAUGCUCUGGAAUGCAUCAACCCAGCAUACCAAAACGACAUACAGCACCUAAAAAUGUUCAAGACUCGGAGCCACGGUGAUCGACUUGAAUGGGAUUGCAUGGUGAGAAAGGGCCUAUCUGUAUAUGACGAUGCCACCUACAGCGACUUUGCCAAGACAGUCUCGUUGAAGCUACAAGGCUUGAAGAGCCUCGAUAUCUCCUGCAAUUCAUCAUACAUCAUACCGGUUUGGAUCCCAAUGCUGUCGUCUCUACCUUCAUUGAAGCACUUGGCAUUGAGAGAUUGUUACCAACUCGAGGGAGACAAUUUUCCUCAUCUCCCCUCACUUGUCGAGGCACACUUUUACCAUUGCGAGUUACCCGAAAACGAAGUUUUCGAACGUAUGCCUUCGCUCAAGGUGCUCGUCAUCGACAAUGACUACUGCCUUGAGGAUGAGGAUACAGAAGUCUGCGAUGUAAACCCUCUCGCCGAUACCGUCGAGACAUGUGGCUGGCUCGUCGAACGGCCUGCACAUUGUUAUUAUUAUCCUCUACGCCAGUUUCGUCGGGUGAAGCAUCUCAAGGUGAAUUUGAUUCAUGAGAUUUUCGGAGGUGCACUCGAGUACAACGAACUUCCGAGGUACGACGGUUUUCCGAAUCUUGCGGCGACUGUCGAGACCAUUGAGUUCGCUUCGCGAAUAACCUCGCGUGUAACAGGUGGAGACCCGAAUGCACAUGCCCGGUAUUACAGGUAUUGGCAGAAGAGUUUGGAAGAGCUUCGGUACACCAUAGAUAUGAUGGAGGAGUGUUGUCGGAAAGAAUGGCGGAAGGUUCGGCUUAUUGACAUUAGCAUGCUCGCUCUUUCCUACCGUCGCGAGCGUUCAGGGUAUGAGGGUCUCAAGUUUCUCGUACGUGCCAAAAGGCGCUUUCAGCAGGAGCUUGGUAUUGAGUUGUUGAUUUCGUAA